AUGAGAACAGCUCGGAUUUCAACCGCUCUGUUUUUUUCUGACUAUGUUGAUCUCUUUGAAGACAAACUAGGCAAACUCCCACUUGUGUACUCCAUGAAGUCAGACCCUGAGAUUGUCCCUGGUAUAUCUUAUUCAUGUAUGGGGAAGAACCUCUCACAAAUUCCAUUACAAAUAGCAAAUUCAACUGAAAAUUUGGAUUUCAGUUUUAAUUAUCUACCUAAAUUGUUUUACAAUAUGUUUAGUACAGUACCUAACCUUCAGCAUUUGGACCUCACCAGCAAGGAUGAAGAAUGGGUAAUGGAAGAAUUGGUUGAAAAUCUGGAGAAUACUAGACCAGCACUGCAGUUAUGCCUUCAUGUAAGAGAUUUUCUUGCCGGAUUGCCUAUCACAUCAAAUAUAAUCCAAGAAGGUUUAAUGAGAAGCAAGAAAGUCAUAGUAGUAGUAUCAAAAAAUUUUGUGUUGAGCAAAUGGUGCAAUUUUGAAUUUGAAAUGGCUCAGUCAUGGCAAUUUGUAGAAGGAAAGCCUCGCAUUAUAAUAAUUGUACUGGAUGAAAUAGAAAAAGAAUUUGUAAGCAAAAUCUUGGGACUUCACAAAUACAUUAGAAAGAACACUUAUUUAAAAUGGAAAGACAAUGACAUCAUGAAGCAUUUAUUUUGGAGAAGGCUACGAAAAGCUUUACUUGAAGGAAAUAUUUAAAAUUCCACUGAAUUACUUUAAAGAUAAGGUAUCAAAACUGGUUGCUACUUCUUACAGGUGUACAUAAUCGCACAUUUGACUUUGUUAAUAAUUAUUCAGACUUUGGAAUUAUGAAACUGCACUUUGAGACUCUGCUCAAAACCCCGAGAGCUCGCUAACCAUGAGAAGCUUCAGACUAAUGGUUCUACCUCUAAGCACUUGGCAACUGUUGAAGCUUCUAUGACUCCUCGGCUAAAAUGGAUUUUUUGAAGUCUCUAAAUUUAAAUAUUAGUUAA